AGUAAUUAAAGUUAAAAAAAAAUGCAUAAACUGUGAUAAAACAUAUUAUAUUUCAUGUGCAAUUCAGGAGAAAAAGAAGACGAAGCGAAUAGAAAUUGGCAUUGAUAAUUAUUCGAUAGUGUUUAAGUGAGACAAAGCUUGAUGUUUAGUACAAAUUUCUUCGUUUUCAAAUACAAUUCAGAAGAUCUCUCAAGCAAAUCAUAGAAUAAACGAAGAUUGUAUAAUGCAAGCAAUAUUAACGACCAAGUGCUGAAGCUCCGCGACGCCUCAACUGUGAACCAACAUUUUUACGGAGAGAAUCAUCAUGGCAGUCGAUAAUCCGUCGUACUUCUCGCUGUCCGGCGGGGCUUCGUCAUCGACGAAGACGACGACGACGGCCACGUCGGCGUCGCCGACGUCGCCCAGAGGACACAGCGGUGGUUUCUCUGCCUUAUUCCGACGAAGAGCCUGCAAAAUGGGUGCGGCUUCCUCUCAGACCGGCGUCGUCAUCUCGGAAUCGGCAUCCGGCAUGCUGAUGCAUCACGAAGGACGCGGCAACGCGUCAGGCGCGUCAACGCCGUCGACGCCGACGGAGGAGCGUGUACCGAUGCUGUCGCGGAACGACGCGGCCGAGCCCGGAUGCGGCAAGAGAAGAAGCUUCCGGAAUCUCUUCAGGUCCGUGAGCGCGAACGCGGAUCAAGAGCGAACGCAAAAUUUCCUCAAAGGCGACCCGAGACCGUCCGACGUCGCGCCAUCCUCACCGUAUUUGCCUCAUAGAUCACACUCGCAUUCUGAAAAGGAUCGGCGUCAUCCUAGCCGUGGCAGAAGAGUUCUGAAAUCUGCUAGCGAGCUUCUGUCUAACGAUAUGGUCUACUGUGGUUUAGCAGGCAAUUCUAAAAAUCACAAUGGUGACGAUAACAACAGUAAUGACGAUGACGAUUCCGCAGAGGUCUUUCUUGGCGUGGACGACGCAAGAUAUUACAACCUUUCUUCCACUCUUCCUACGGCUGGUUCAACUGCCUGCCGAAGAAGACAUUCAAUCGGCACUUUUCUCGGGAAAGAAGCAGGCGUAUCCAGUAAUGCCGUACAUUCAGGACGGAAACAAACAGCAGGGUCUAAGAAUCUGUUAGAAACAGAUGCGAUGGCAGCUUCAGUGCCAAUUGACAAUAUUGAUGGUGUCUUUUGUAAUGAAAUAUCUUGCAGCAAGAACAGACGGAGAAAAUACAAGAACUCGUCUAAUAAAGGAUCUCAUUCAGCAACGGCCCUACCGAAAGAGGGACGUGCAGAAGACGAUGUUCUCUUCGUCUCUAGCAAAGAAAGCGAUGCUUCCAAUCUGUGGGUUAGCUAUUUAACAGCAUGUUUUGAACAAAUCAGCCGUCAACAAGGGCGACCUCCGUUCAAAGUACGUCACAUAGCGAUUGAAGAGUCAAUAGCUCCAAAAACUGAGGAGAAAAUCCGAUCUUCUCGUCUCCAGAUCGUUGUCGUGUGUCCGUUAUUACUAGAACGAGUCCGCACUAAUCCGGAACAUGCCGUCCAUCUAACCAGCCAUCUGGUCGCUGAACGAGUACUCGCGAUGAUGCUAGGCGUUCAUGACAGCCACAUCAACGAUUGCCAUAGAUCUAGCCUAGUUUCUUACGAUCGAUAUAAGAAAUUUUUCGUAAAGGAUCAGGACGAGACGUUCGUAGGCGAAUUAUUGGGAGCGGCAGUCACGAUUUUAGGCACUACGCCGCCGUCAGCCCUCAGAAGCGACAAAACUGCAUUCUCCGUACAUCCGAAGAAAGUCAAGCUAGGACAAAACAGGAUAAUUGUUUUGCUGAACGAUCCAUUGACUUGCGAGGAUAAUGUCUCAGUGAUCGUUGAUCGUUGCGGCGAUGCAAUCGAGAUAAACAAUGUGAAAAGAAGAAAUCCUUACACUUUGCAAUUUUCUAUACCGGAAAGAUGUCUCGAAGUGUCAAUGCUAGUCGGCGUGAGAAUAUCUAAGAACGGAUGCUCGCUCGGUGUUAGGCAAGUCAAGUGCGAGAGCAGACUCAGAGAAUUAGAUCAGAUCCUCAGAUCGCACGACAACCCUCUCGAAUUUAUGUGCCAGACCUUCGGCUUCGGUUCCACUGAUCGGGAACAGUUGGAUAAUUGGAUGGUCCACGCAUUUCAAAAAAACAUCCCUCCUCAUUUUAAUCUGUUGUCCACUCCAAGCGGUAUGGUGCCCACUCAUAAAAAUUACACGAGUCCGGAAGAAAAUCCGACAUUGCUGCAUUUCGCCGCGCGGUUUGGCUUGGAAAAACUGGCCUGGCAAUUACUCGAAUGUCCUGGCGGUGAUCUAGCAUGCGAUUUGAAAAACAUUGCCGAGCUAACACCGACCGAUCUCGCCGAGCAAGCCGGGCACGCGAGGCUGGCUCAUCAACUGCGGGGCUACAUGCAAAUGAACGAGUUCAGCAAAAUGUAUAACUAUCUCAAAGUUAUAAGCCAGACAACGAACAGGUCUACAGGAACGGAUUCAACCGCUGAUGCUUCAUCAAUGGUUGCAAGUGAUGCCAGCAACGACAAGGAAGAUUAUUGUCGGCCAAGACCUUUGAGUGAGGCUUACUUGGUGCCACCAGUUGCAAGACCAGUAAUAGCUCCGAUCCCAACCCUGCAAACGACUAUGACCACUAGUACGACCGCUAACAACUCCUUAACCGCGAAUUACUCGAUUGUGCCGACACCUACGCCAGUAAUGUUGCCAGCAACACCCACAACUUCUAUCACACCGAAUGGCCUGGACCUGCCUCUUCAAGGUUACAUGAAAAUGUAUCCCGCCGGUUCAAAAACACCUACAACGAACCUACCACCUUCUCGAACAGGUACACCUACGCAAGGUACUCGCCAAGAGUAUCAUCAGAAUUCCUCGGGGACGCGAGACGACAAUUGCAGUCAGAAAAUGUGUCAGCAUAUUUCUUACGGUAGAACAUCAUCUAACAGCAGCACCAAAUCCAGGGAACCGUCGGGCCCUCAGGAUGAGCUUCUGGAGAUUAUAAACGAUUUCAAAAACAACGUCUUUACGAUAUCCGAAGUGGAGAGACUCGUCGAGAACUGGCAGAAGCGAAACGACGUGCAACAAAGCUUCAAGGAUAAGCAGCGGCAGCUGACGGCAAUGAGAGAGGAAUAUGACAGGAUACAAAAGCAGCUGAAAGAAGAAAUGAAGACCCCGACGCCCUUCGAUAAGAUACGAAAAUUCUUCUCCAAAGGAAAGAAAGAUACAAAGGAAUCUGUUAAUGCUGUCACAGAUUCGUCUUCGAGCAAAUCCGAAAACAUUAACGGUGGAUUAAUUGAUCGCCGGCCUGUUAGCAGUUUAAGUCUUCGUAGCGUCUCCAGUUCGUCCUCAUCUGGUAGAAUGAGCACUGUCAGCGGUUGCAGCGGCGCUAGUUUAGGCGACAGUAGUACUCAUUCCGAUUCCGAAGACAGAAGACUCCAAAAUGUUAGGGACGAGAAGACCGGCAUGAUGUCCUACGAGAUACCACCCGCUCCUAAACCGUUCACCGGAAGAUAUUCACCGGCAUCCAGAUAUUCUCCAUCACCAACUAUCCCUAUUGUACGUGAUCUCGAUCUCCGACAAACACUAUCAUCCCGGGCCAGCAACAACGAAUAUUACAUCGCAUUCCCUCCAUCAGGAUUGCCCGUGCAUGCGUUUAAAGCGGACGGUUCUCCGAGAGAAUUAAAUACACCAACUUCGCCAUGUGAACAUUCGAGGUAUCACGAUUUCGUUCAGAACGUCGCCGUUUCGGCGGAUAAACAGCAAGAAGAAAGCGAUAUAAUGAAAGCCAACGUCGUUGGCAAUAACAAUUACACAAAUAUCGAUCCGUCGACGCCGAAUUCUAUUCCAAUCGCGCCAUCAGGCAUGUGUAUCCCAGAUUGUACGAGCGACGGCGAAUCAACAUCUGUCAAUUCGACUCAAAUGGCAAACGAGCAUCACGGUGAUUCUACCGACACCGCCGAGAUAUAUCCGGAUACUGCGAUGAUAAAGCCAUCGCUCGCUCAACCGGAUGUCGACGAGGUCGAUUCCGCACUCGUUAUUCGGGGUCAGGAGACCGCCGAGAUAAAAUACGACCAAGGACAAGUGCCGGCGGACACGACAAAUGUUUCGAAAACUACGAACGAGGUCACUGAGAACAGAGUGCCAGAAUACAUGAACCUUACUAAUAUAGGUCACGAUGUCAAGGUCCUCGGCGCCAUACCAAAGAAACUGCCCGCACCACCCGUGCCUCCGAGAGUUACGACUAAGAAGUAGAAAACAAGGCAUAUGAAAAUAUUCAUUGGCAAGUUUUAUGCAAUUAUAUACUACUUAUGUAAAUUAUAUACUCUGUAUUUUACGCACAUUAAAUCGCAACUGAACUAUCGUAUAUAGACACUGAGAGAAAAGAAUAAUUGCAGUAACCAUAAUCUAUAGUGUUUUUUAGCGUCAACCAUAUUUUUAUAGAUAUUCUAGCCAUAUGAUUGAUUAUAUGAUUGGCAGUACUAUAUGUAUAAGAUUAUUAUUGCUAACAUUACAGUAACAAUUCUUAUAAAAAUGUAUUCUGACUAUAAUCAUAGAUCCAUACAAUUAUAGUCCCAAAUAUCACACACUUUUCUCUCAGUGUUAAAAAACUAAUGUUAAAGAACAUUAGUCAAUAUAAGAUUCAUGUGUGUAUCUCGAUGUACUCCAAAACUAUAUCUCUGUGACAUAAUAUAUUUGUCUAUGUAAAAGAAUACUCGUUGAAUGUGUGCAAAUAUAGCCAUUAUUACAACUCGCACAUACACAAAUUUUUAUAGAGCAAAAAAAUGAAAAUUUACAAAUAUUCAAAAAUAUACAUGAAAAUUUAAU